AAGGAGGGAGGACUUAAUUAUAACAGAUUGGUGUGUGGUUGUGUGGCAAAAAGCCAAAUUACAUUAUAUAUAUAUUUUUUUUAAUUUUGCAUAUUUUAACCCAGUGAUUGAGGUUUUUUUUUUUACAUGCAUGUUUUUUAUUAAAAUUAUUAUAAGGGAAAAAGCAGCGUUAUCUCAGCGGUGUGCGUGGAUUUCCUGCAGGCGUGUAAAAAGAGAAAGUGCGUUAUUGUUAGUUGGCACUCAUCAUCAUCCUCCUCCUCUUCUUCCUCUUCUUCAUCCGGCCUGGUGUUGAGAAGUGAAGCCUGGAGCUGGAGUUAUUGCAGACAGCAGAGAGAGAGGAGAGAGGAGUGAGUAAACCAUAACCAUGGCGGUAAACCUGGACAAGGAAGCGUACUACCGCCGGAUCAAGAGAUUAUACAGCAACUGGAAGAAAGCAGAAGAUGAGUUUGGCAAAGUCGAUGCCAUUGUGGUGUCUGUCGGUGUGGACGAGGAAAUUGUGUACGCCAAAUCCACGGCCAUACAGACGUGGCUGUUUGGCUACGAGUUGACCGACACAAUCAUGGUGUUUUGCGACACCAAAAUCAUCUUCCUCGCCAGCAAGAAGAAGGUGGAUUUCCUCAAACAGGUGGCCGUAACUAAGGGCAACGAGAACGCCAACGGUGUCCCGCCCAUCACCCUGCUCACCAGAGAAAAGAAUGAAAGCAACAAGGGCAACUUUGACAAGAUGAUCGAGGCGAUCAGAGGCAGCAAAGAGGGCAAGACGGUGGGGAUCUUCAGCAAGGAUAAAUUCCCCGGAGAGUACAUGAAGAGCUGGAGCGACACGAUCACCGCUGAGGGGCUCGAGAAGGUAGACAUCAGCGCCGUGGUCGCGUACACAAUGGCGGUGAAGGAAGACGGAGAGCUGGGCCUGAUGAAGAAGGCAGCGGCCAUCACCAGCGAAGUUUACUCCAAGUUCUUCAAGGAGCGCGUCAUGGAGAUCGUUGAUGCAGAUGAGAAAGUGCGUCACAGUAAGCUGGCGGAGUCGGUGGAGAAGGCCAUCGAGGAGAAGAAGUACCUGGGUGGUGCCGAUCCGUCCACGGUGGAGAUGUGUUAUCCUCCGAUCAUCCAGAGCGGAGGGAACUACAGCCUCAAGUUCAGCGUCGUCAGCGAUAAGAACCACAUGCAAUUCGGUGCCAUCACGUGCGCCAUGGGGAUCCGCUAUAAGUCCUACUGCUCCAACCUGGUGCGCACCCUCAUGGUGGACCCCCCUCAGGAGAUGCAGGACAACUACAACUUCCUGCUGCAGGUGGAAGAGGAGCUGCUCAAACAGCUCAAGCACGGUGUAAAAAUCAGCGAGGCCUACAACGCUGUUCAGGAGUACGUGAAGAAAGAGAAGUCGGACCUCGUAGCGAAGCUGACUAAAAACCUCGGCUUUGCAAUGGGAAUUGAGUUCAGAGAAGGCUCCCUGGUUGUGAACGCUAAAAACCAAUACAAACUGAAAAAAGGCAUGGUGUUGAGUGUCAGUUUGGGUUUCGCUGACCUCGUGAAUAAAGACAGCAAAAAGGACGAGCAGAAAAAGUACGCCUUGUUCAUCGGUGACACAAUACAGAUCAAUGAGGAAGAGGCUGCCACGAUACUCACGCCAGUCAAGAAAAAGAUCAAAAAUGUGGGAAUCUUCUUGAAGAAUGACGACGAGGACGACGAUGAGGAAGACGGAGACGACGCUGAGGAGCUGCUGGGGAAGGGAGCUCGGAGUGCCGCCCUGCUCGCAGACAGGACCAGACUACUUGGAAAGAAUGAGAUGACGGCGGAGGAGAAGAGGCGGGCUCACCAGAAGGAGUUGGCCAAUCAUUUGAACGAAGAAGCCAAGCGCCGACUGACGGAGCGACAAGGAGAGCAGCAGAUUCAGAAGGCCAGAAAAUCCAACGUGUCCUAUAAGAACGUCUCCCAGAUGCCCAGAGAAAAGGACAUCCGAGAAAUGAAGAUCUUCAUCGACAAGAAGUACGAGACCGUCGUCAUGCCCGUUUUCGGUACCGCCACGCCGUUCCACAUCGCCACCAUCAAGAACAUCAGCAUGUCUGUAGAAGGAGACUACACCUACCUGAGGAUCAACUUCUACGUCCCCGGCAGCUCUCUGGGACGACAGGAGGGGAACAUCUUCCCAAACCCCGACGCCACGUUUGUUAAAGAAAUCACGUACCGAGCGUCCAACCUCAAAACCCCCGGCGACCCGUCGGUGCCCUCCACCAACCUGCAGAACGCUUUCCGCAUCAUCAAGGAGGUACAGAAACGCUACAAGACGCGAGAGGCCGAGGAGAAGGAGAAGGAAGGCAUCGUCAAGCAGGACUCGCUGGUCAUCAACCUCAACCGCAGCAACCCCAAGCUCAAAGACCUCUACAUCAGACCUAACAUCGCACAGAAGAGGAUGCAGGGCUCGCUGGAGGCGCAUACUAACGGUUUCCGUUUCACGUCGGUCCGUGGCGAUAAAGUGGACAUUCUUUACAACAACAUCAAACACGCCAUCUUCCAGCCGUGUGACGGGGAGAUGAUCAUUGUACUACACUUCCACCUCAGGAACGCCAUCAUGUUCGGUAAGCGGCGCCACACGGACGUCCAGUUCUACACGGAGGUCGGGGAGAUCACCACAGACUUGGGCAAACACCAACACAUGCACGAUCGCGACGACCUGUACGCCGAGCAGAUGGAGCGGGAGAUGAGGCACAAGCUCAAGUCGGCCUUCAAGAACUUCAUCGAGAAGGUGGAGACGCUGACUAAAGAGCAGCUGGAGUUCGAGGUGCCGUUCAGAGACCUCGGGUUCCAGGGCGCCCCCUACAGGAGUACCUGCCUGCUACAACCCACGUCCGGUUCCCUUGUCAAUACCACUGAAUGGCCGCCGUUUGUGGUGACCCUGGACGAGGUGGAGUUGGUCCACUUUGAGCGCGUGCAGUUCCACCUGAAGAACUUCGACGUGGUCAUCGUCUACAAGGACUACAACAAGAAGGUCACCAUGAUCAACGCCGUGCCCGUCAACUCCCUCGACCCCAUCAAGGAGUGGCUCAACUCUUGUGACAUUAAAUACACAGAGGGAGUCCAGUCUCUCAACUGGACCAAGAUCAUGAAGACCAUCGUCGAUGAUCCCGAGGGCUUCUUUGAGCAGGGAGGAUGGUCUUUCUUGGACCCAGAGAGCGAGGGAAGUGGCGGAGAGGAAGAUUCAGAGUCGGAGAUGGAGGAUGAAACGUUCAACCCGUCUGCAGAUGAAGAAGAAGAGGAGGAGGAGGAAGACAGUGAUGAGGACUACAGCUCUGAGACGGAGGACUCCAAUUACAGCGCGUCAAUUGGCAGCGAGGAGGAGAGCGGUAAAGACUGGGACGAGCUGGAGGAAGAAGCCAGGAAAGCUGACAGAGAGAGCCACUACGAGGACGAUGACACCGCCGCUGCCGCCGCCGCCGCCGCCAGCAGCAACAACAAGAAGAGAAAGAUCCGGCCAUCGUCCCACGGCAGCCGGCCGUCAUCCCACGGCAGCCGGCCGUCAUCCCACGGCAGCCGGCCGUCAUCCCAAGGCAGCCGGCCAUCAUCCCACGGCAGCCGGCCAUCAUCCCAGGGCAGCCGGCCAUCAUCCCACGGCAGCCGGCCAUCAUCCCACAGCGGCAUGCCCAGCAAGAAGAAGCGACGGUCCUAAAAUGUCUCACACACACACACACACACACACACACACACACACACAUACUGCCAAACCUAGUUGACCCUUGACCCUUCCCUCUACCCCGACUGGCUCUUUUGACUCAUACACUUAACACAAAAACACACACACGCUCAGACACACGAUGUGUAUAUAGAUGUAGACGCCCCCUUAUUUUCGUGUUGGUCGGUGAAGUGUCAUGUUGAAAUGGUAAGAAAGAACCAGCAGGACAGUCUCACACACACACACACACACACACACACACAAACACACACACACUGCAUUCAUUAUCUUCUUCUCCCGUCUUCAUUCCUCUUUUGUUUCCACCUCCCCAUCUCCAUCCAUCCAUCAGGGUUUCAUGUUAGUGUGUCUGUGUGUGUGUGUGCAUGUGUGUGUGUUUAAAUGGGUUUUUAUUGCGAGCAUUGUUUAUUUUCUGUUUAAAAAAAGAUUGAGUUUCUUAACUAAUGGAUAAUAAAAGAAAAAGGCUUGAAAUAUCCUCUGCCAAGUGUUUUUAUAUAAAAGCUGAGAAACUCUCCUCUCCACCUUCCUCGUCUAGGUUUCACUUUCCCCCUCAUGCUUUCCUCAGUGUUUGUUAAAUCGUAGUAACGAGAUGGAUCAUUUGUCUUUUUUUUGAGGGGGGGGCAGAUACAUUUUCUGAUUCUUUUUUUAAACGGGGUUUGUAAACUUAUGCACACACAUACAUACACACCGUCUCCCUCGCACUUGUCCUCCUCUCUAUUCCCCCCUUUUUGUUCAUUAUCAGUAGAUUUGUUGUUGUACUGUUUAAUUCUAAAAAAUCCAGUUUUUGUUUUUGUAAUAAAAUUAAAAGGAACUGUAGUUUGUUUUGAA